AUGGCAAUGUCUCUCAUCCAAGCGUGCCGCAGUCUGGCUCUCUCAACAUGGCUGCUUUCCUUUUGUUUCGUGCAUCUGCUCUGCCUGGACUUUACCGUGGCUGAGAAGGAGGAAUGGUAUACCGCCUUCGUGAACAUCACCUACGCGGAGCCCGCGCCGGACCCCGGGCCCGGAGUGGCGGGGGGGGGGGGGGGGCGGGGCGGCACGGAGCUGCACACCGAGAAGACUGAGUGCGGGCGCUACGGGGAGCACUCGCCCAAGCAGGACGCCCGCGGGGAGGUGGUCAUGGCCAGCUCGGCCCACGACCGCCUCGCCUGCGACCCCAACACCAAGUUCGCCGCCCCGGCCCACGGCAAGAACUGGAUAGCCCUCAUCCCCAAGGGCAACUGCACGUACAGGGAUAAGAUCCGGAACGCGUUCCUGCAGAACGCCUCCGCGGUGGUCAUCUUCAACGUGGGCUCCAACACCAACGAGACCAUCACCAUGUCCCAUGCAGGUGUAGAAGACAUUGUGGCAAUAAUGAUUCCUGAGCCAAAAGGGAAGGAGAUAGUAAGCCUGCUGGAAAGGAACAUCACGGUGACCAUGUACAUCACCAUCGGGACCCGGAACUUGCAGAAAUACGUGAGCCGCACUUCGGUUGUGUUUGUCUCCAUCUCCUUCAUCGUCCUGAUGAUCAUAUCCCUCGCGUGGCUGGUCUUUUAUUACAUCCAGAGGUUUCGAUAUGCAAAUGCCAGGGACAGGAACCAGCGCCGACUGGGAGAUGCUGCAAAGAAAGCGAUCAGCAAGCUCCAGGUCAGAACCAUCAAGAAGGGUGACAAGGAAACAGAGCCCGAUUUUGAUAACUGUGCAGUUUGCAUUGAAGGGUACAAGCCCAAUGACGUUGUGCGGAUCUUGCCCUGCCGGCAUCUUUUCCACAAGUCCUGUGUUGACCCCUGGCUUCUAGACCAUCGCACCUGUCCCAUGUGCAAGAUGAACAUUCUUAAAGCCCUAGGGAUCCCGCCCAACGCCGACUGCAUGGAUGACUUGCCCACCGACUUCGAUGGAUCUCUGGGAGGCCCACCCACCAACCAGAUCACAGGCGCGAGCGACACGACUGUAAACGAAAGUUCAGUCACUCUGGAUCCUGCUGUCCGGACGGUGGGAGCCUUGCAGGUGGUCCCGGAUACAGACCCCGCCCUGCAGGAAGGAGAAGUCAUCUUUACUACUAACAGCGAGCAGGAGCCAGCUGUAAGCAGUGAUUCUGACAUCUCGCUGAUUAUGGCGAUGGAGGUUGGACUGUCUGAUGUAGAACUUUCCACUGACCAAGACUGCGAAGAGGUGAAGUCUUGAAAUGGUGAAUAUAGAACAAAGGGAUGGUAGGACCCAAGGGGAAGGAAGGGAGGAGGACCUCAAGAAUUGGACCGGGCACACCACACCUCCAGAACCACUUGGUAACUCCACAGCGCUCCGCUCAAGAAUGGGAACGAAAGCAUUAUCCAAAGUCACGUUAAUCAGGAAGCCGUCUCUCCAUCUGUCCAACAGUCCGCGCCUUGGCAGCUGGGAAGUCGAAAGCUGAUUCUCCCUCCCACGUCCUUAUAGACACACACUUCAGAAGCUCCUAAAACAGACAGGAAGGACAUGUUUAGGGCUUCUUACUUCUAUUUCCUCUUCUUCCAGGUCUUGUUUUGUUGUUUGGGGAAUGUUGUUUGAUUUCCUUGGCAGUUUCUUUUGAAAGACUGUGUGUGGUUUAAGGACAUCCACCCCUUUGGCUGACUCCAGCUUUUGCGGAGAGUUCUGUUUUGAAGCACCGGUUCCCACGAUGAUCGGUUUGUAUGCACCAUCUCUGAGAUGAAUGGCCUUGACCUCUCAGCAUGAAGUGUGCAUGGCUUGGGGAAGUGCCACAGCACCCUGAAACCGUCAAAGGCCAGCUUUCCUUAAGAAUCUAAAUUAUUUUAAGUGGAUCUUAAAUAUCCUAGCUGCCAGAGACCCCAACACUAAGCUCUGAACCCACCGAGGUUAUACUCACUACUUGCACCCACAUCCUGCUGGCUUCCGCUUGCCAGGCUCUGUUAAUGGCCCAUGUGACAUGAGAAGGAAGCUCCAUUUUUGCCUGGAUCUUAUAGUCUUUGACUGAAAUCCCAAACUCAGAAGUCCCCUCCAGGGCUGAGGCGCUGUUCUCCAUGACCGUAGGGCUUGUAGCUGGGACGGCAAGCCCAGUUUUAAGACCAGAUACCACAUACUCUUCCCAAAAGCAAAACGUCUGUUCUAUUGGUGUCCCCAAGGCUAGAACGGUCUUCUGUUCCCUCCACAAGUGGCUUCUGCAGGCGAUGGAGGCUUCAGAAGAGACCCAAUCCUCUUGGAGCCCAGUGUCCAACACAGUGGGGGCUGCCGGAGCACCUAGGUUUUACCUUAAUCCCAACACACUUCUGUUAAACGUCACCAGACCUCCAGGAAGGGUUUAGGGGAAUCCUUAGCAGCUGGCUUCCCAGGGCUCCCCGAGUACAUCUAAAUACCAAGUUGAGGAGGGACGUGUGAUUUGAUAAACCAUUUGAUCUAAAAAAUACAGCAUGGGAAUUUGCUAACCCAAGUUUCUUCUAACAGAGAGAGACAAAGAGGGAAAGAGGCAUCCAAUCAAUACUGAAGCCCACCGGCAUUUUUAAACUACUUACGUUUUUAUUCUUUUUUUGUAACUAUGACAGAGAUGUGCUAUUUUUUUCAGUGGGCAAUUUUGUAAUACAUUUAGACUAUCCAGAUGCAGAGAUGACUAAGGUAGUGAAUGGUUUCCCUGGACAAUCACAGAUCACCUCAUCCUCCGUAAGAAGGCAAUGCGGCUGUGUGGGUUACUAAGAAGGAAAGCUUUUCUCACUGAGUUAUUUACAUCUUUGACGAGGCUUUUCCACCUCAUUACACUAACACUCAUCCCAAAACCAGAGCUGGGCUGUGUCGUAAAUCCCCACUGCCGAAACAUGGACUGGAUGUCAAGGGGGUAGAUGUCAGACUUCUGGUUGCUCUUUUUUCACCAUCUUUAACGAUUUCCUAUUUGAUGCUUUCUAAGUAGGCAGCAAGGCAGGGAAAAUGAUUACCACCUUCAGAAAUGUCACCUCUCUCUGGGAGUGUCACACUCCCUGUAAUGAAACCCAGUGUCAGUGUGCGAAGGCAGUCGGGGGAGUGAAGACAGCAUUGAACCAGGAGUCAGGAGUCCUGGCUGAGCCACGCGUUUGCUGGGCCUCAUCUUCUCCCUCUGCGAAAUGAAGGAGUUUCACAAGAUGAUGGCCGAGGCUGCUUCUGGCCUUAAGACUACUAAGGAGCUUUUUGCCAGGAGGGUCCAUGUUUUGGCAGAUGGCGAUGACAUACAGCUGACUUCAUACAUUAGGGGCGGUUCCUCGACAGGUAACAUGCGCUAAUGGCUUUUUGGAAUUCGGCACUCCUAUGUUGCUGAAAAUGAAUAUUGAAAUGAUGCAAGGUUGAAGUCCAAGUAAGAGUGGCUUUGUUUUGCCUUGUUUAAAACCACUGUUAGUCACAGAGUUUGUCAUCUCUGGAUACCUUCAAAUCCUAGUCCUUAGUGUGGGACUCCUCGUCUCAGGGUGGUUCUUGUUCUUGGUCAGCAUAGGCUUACACCACGUACUCCUUCAGUCAGCUCCGCCUGAAGCACAUCUGGGUAUUAACUUAGGUCACAUGGAAUUAGAAGAAUAAUCCAACAGCACGAGAAAUACAAAUCGUAUUCCAUACCCAGGAGAGAAAAUGCCUUUUGGAUGGCAUCCUUCAUUUGGUGGGUGUUGUCUCUUCCCGCCGGUGACCAGGUAAUUCAGGAAUCAGUUGCCCGUGUACCCCUCCAAGGCCUGGGACUACCCCAAGGAGGUUCUGCUACAAAACCCUGGAGCCUAGGAGGCUCUCCACUUACCAAAGGUUUGUUUCCAGAGGAUUUUCCUGUGGCUUUAGUGGUUCAAAAAAAAAAAAAAAAAGUUUAACCAGCAUAGAAGGGUUUAAAAGAAAGGAAAACCUUCUCCCAUAGCCUUCUUCACCACCUUCCCCCACCCCCAAAGAGGAAAUUCUGAGCUGGGAACCCUCUAGAAGUAUAUGCAAACUUUAUUGUGUAUUUACAGAUGCACAUUUUUCUAUAAUGAGUGUCCAGACCAGCACUAUCCAAUAGAAAUAUAAUGCAAGGCACCCAUGUGAGUUUUACAUUUUCUACUGGCUACAUUUUAAAAAGGAAAAAGGAGCAGUUCAAAAUAAUUUUAAUCAUUUAUUUAAUCUUUUUGUUUCAACAUAAAAAGUAUAAAUGAAAUAUUUUUUCAUUCUUUCUUGUACUAAGUCCUCUAAAUCCAUCGUGUGGUUUAUGCUCGCAGCACACCUCACUUUGGACUGGCUACAUCUCCAGCUCCAUCUCAACAGCCACACGUGGCCCGUGGCUCCCAGCUGGACCUGCCCAGAGCUGCUCCAGUAUUCUCACACAAUCCCCUGACCCUUACAAAGAAAAAAAAAGUUAAAACCUAAUUACCUCCAGAGAGAACUAGUCUCCACCCAAGUUGCCUAAUGAGAGGCCCAAAGACCUGUUUGUUUUGUAAUGAGUAAAUAUUCAGGCCAUUCUUUUUGAAAUUUCUGCCUGAUCUUUCUAACCAUACACUGAUAGCCAUUACUGUCACUGUUACUUCGCUCACCAGUUCUUGUUUUUUUAAGAAGUCACACAAACCAUAUUGAUUUGGUGCUGAAACAAAAUUAUCUCCCUCACUUCUAUGACAAACCCUCAGACUGGUAUGUGGCACUCAGGAGCCAAAAAGAAUUCCAGACUAUAGUCAUCCAACUUCACCUCAAUCCCUAGUUCUCCUGCUUCCAGGCUGGCAGAAGGCCUUUUCUCAGUGCCAGUGCCCCCUUGGGAUUUGAGGGGGGAAAGUGGGAAGUUAUGUACUGACUCCAAAUGCAAGACUCUGAGUGACCUCCUUGAGAAGAAGUCUUUGGGGUUGUGACUGCCCAGCCUAUUGGGGGAGUCACAACAGCCUACAACCACCAGCUCUCCCCCCACGGCUGUGGCCAAGAAAGGGAGCAUUUCCAUUCCCUCAGAAAAACUGAGAGUCACCUCAGGAAUCGCCUCUUCCAUGUGGCUGAUCCCUUUGAGAAGAACUGAGCCCUGAUCAAGAUUACAGCAGCUAAACAUUGAUUUUAGUCUCCAGGGCUUAGUCGCCCCUGAAAUAUUAACUCUGUCACUUAGGCAGGAAGAAAGGGAGUUGUGAGAAGGCAGAAAGUGAAUAGUGGAGGGGUGCCUGGCUGACUCAGUCGGUAGAGCAUGUGACUCUUGAUCUUGGGGUUGUGAGUUCAGGCCCCACAUUGGAUGCAGAGAUGACUUAAAAAAAAUAAAAACUUAAAAAAAAAAAAAAGAAUAGUGCAAAGGCCCCUACCUAUUCUGACAUCACCUAGUCAUGAUGGUAACCAUGGAGGCAAAUCCCUGUCCAAAGAUUGUUUCCAGCAUUUCCCUCAUUCUGGACAUUCGUGGGUCUGGGUUUGGUUAUGUCAGAAACCACAAUGCCCAGUGGCUACUUUGGACAGUGCCAACGUCCUUGCGGCCACCACACCUUCAGAACCAAAAUGGUGACAGAUAGCCUAACAUAGGGUUCUUUCUUAUUUAGGAGUUGUGUUGAGAUGAAAAUGCUUGCAGAGCAUAAAAAAUAAGUGGUGUUUAUUUAUCCAUUGAGGGCAUCACCUUGACUGAAAACAAAUCUCAUUAAAUCAAAACUCUUUCAGAAAAUCUAAGAUAGGGAGUCACAUCCUCUGUGGAGCAAGGACCCAGCCCUCUGUGGUGCUGGGGCCCCUGCAGCAAUUUCCAGUAGCAUUUUUAUAUGCUCGAUCUUAGAUUUCUUUCCCUUUUCUCUGUGUGUGUGUGUAUGUGUGUGUGUGUGGCUUUCUCUGACUGUCUCUGUACACACACACACACACACACACACAUUCUUUUCCCAUCUUUCGGGACAAAAAAACCUUGGUGGCUUUGGAUCUAUAGUCUUACCAUUAUUGUGAUUACCAUUGUUACUGUUGGGUGUUUUUCUUGUUUUUAUUGUGUGGCAGUGUCUAUAUUUGCACUUCUGAUGAGGAAAACCAGUUUACUCAAGGCAAAUCAACUUCUUCCAUAAUGGAGUUAGCCAUGUUUUCGCCUCUCCUAGCACUAAUUUAGUCACAGACCACUGUAGCUAUUGCCUUUUUUUCAGGCUUCCUUGCCAGAAAAGUCUCCUAGGCAAAUCAUGGCAAAGUCGCAAUCCAGAAUGCUGUUGAGAUCUAUCUUCUACUUUGGGCAUUUGUGACUUUCCUAGUUCACCACAGGCCCCUGAGGUUAGGGCUUCUAAGAAAAAUGUAUGGGCUGACCAUAUCUGAUGUCCACUCAUGCUUCUUACUUCAGCUUCUUAGCACAAGAACUUCCUCUUCCUAAGGGAUCUGAGAGGCCACUUUUUCCUUAAGAUUGAAAAAGAGACACAAAGAAUCCAUUCUCCUAAGGGGAGGGACCCAGGUUCCUUGUGCAGUGCCGUGUGUCACAGACGUGUAAUUGAUGAUGGCAUUAAGAGGAGGUGGGAAUGCUAGCCCGCAGGAAGUGAGAAAGGAUGGCAGGAUAUGAACAUGGGCACCCUUCCCAGACAAAUGCUCAUCCCCUAGGUUUGGAGCUGACCUGGUGUUUUGGGGUGUGUAUGUGUGUGUUUUAAGGAGUUUAACCCUCGUGAGUUAAAUACUCAUGGUUGCAAAGAAGGUUGGGAUUGCCUGAAAGAUAAAUUAGUUCUGAGAAACAGGAAUGAGUCUCUCAGCAUCACUUACCUCUUCUCUUUGCCCCCUUGUCUCCCCAUCUCACAGCUCCAAGCCCUUUGUAGUAGGAACAGUAAUUUGUAAAAACCUGUACAGGUUGGUAGCCAUGCUUCCACUUUGACCCUUGUGAUGACACAAAAUUAUCCCAAAACGAAAGAGGUGAUUCUGGAUUCUAGAUGUAGAUCCUUAAUUAUCAAGCCCUUUAACGAAAAAACCUGCUUGUUGUGCAAAGAACCCAAUGAGGUCACUCACAUCUCUCUUUAUCACCCUGUGAACCAUGCCUGCCUCAAACAAGUGGCUUUUUCAGGAAUCUCAACGAUCAAAGACCUUUUCAUCUUUGCGCUACUCUUGAUUGACGUUUGCACUUACUUCAGAGCCAUUCGCUCCAUGGCCACCUGAGACAUGAGACAUGUUUGUUGGUGUUAAUGAUAAGGCAAGGACAUAGUCUCUUAAGGAGUCUGCAGGUCUGUACAGAGCAAGGGAGAGCUUCUGUGGAGAACUUAGCUCCACCCAAGGGCCCCAGAAUCACUGCUUGGCAGAAUGUCUGUGGUCUUGUCAUCCUUACUGAAUCGAAGGGCUUGGAGGAGCAGGAAAAUGUGAGGACCAUGUGUGCUAUGAAAACCAAAGACCGAUCACCAUCCAAACGGACACAUGUUCUUCCACUGACUCGUUUAAUUUUCUCCUAAUGUUCUCGUCAAUAAAAGGGAAGGUGGGUUGCCUAGUCAGACGAAACUGAAAGCUUAGGGGGUUUUCUCUUGCAGGCUGGUGAUUGCCCUUACUAAAUCCAGAAAUCUAAAAAAAAAAAAAAAAUGUAUCGUGGCCUUAGUACCACACCAUCUUUAGUCUGGUGUUUCGUCCCCUUUUCCCUCAAAAAGUUUUAGACAAAACUAGCGCUUUAUUGUACUCGGAAUUAUUGUUCUCUUUGAGAAUGUGAAGAUUUUAAAUAGCCAAAGAAUUUUCAUGUAGGAGAGCUUCGUAAUUAGAGUGGAUCCCGCGUUUUUGAAGAAAAUACCAAACUAUUGCCUGUACAACUAGAUAGCAGAGCAGUUGAAGAAGGAUUGCCAGGGCAAGGACUUCCUGUUGGCCUCUGUGGUACUUACUGGUGAGUAGGCGGUUAGUGCGAGGGGGCAGGGCGCCCUCUGCUGGCAGAAUCGCCAUUAUGCGUUCAGCCAGUUAAUUUGUCUAGGGUCACCAUUUCCUCCACGGACUCGUCACUUGCCUUUCGUCAUACAGUCUCCUCGGUCGUUGAGAAUUUGGUCCACGUUUAUCAAAAGUGGAAGGCAUGUCACAGGCUCGGAAAUGUGGAAGGAGAGCCCCACAGAAGAUCUUACUGCGCGCAGCAGCCCUUUCUUCUGCAAAAUGUCAAAGCGUCUCGUUAGCUCUGUUGGCAACGAAGCUGCGUCCGGCUGGAAUGUUUGUGCAGAGUUCGAAGGCAAGGGCCUGAGUGUUUUGUAACUUAUCUCAACUCUCUUCUUGUCAAAUCACAAAGGAAGAUCAAUAAACAGACUUCUUUCAUAUGAA